GGUCACUAUACAAUAUGUCAGUUAAAACUAUCUCACGGUGCAUAUGUAUUUUAUCUGUUUGAUCAUAUGACGUUUGUGUAAAGUUUAAAUUCUAAAACCGUUUUGUAUACCUUUCAACGACAACCACGUGAUCGGACGAUUUUGACUGUGACAAGUCGACAUAAUUCCACAUGUUCAAAUUAAUGAAUGAUCAUAUUUUUUCGUAAAACAUGAUACGUUUUUUGUGUUUGUUUCUCCUUCUUGUAAUAUUUGUGGAAUGUAGGAAUAUAAAACCUAAAGAAAAGGAAAUAGAAAACUCUGGAUCUAUCAACUUUACACCUUGUUUAGAUAAAGAUUGCAAGGACAAAAUCAAUACGAACGGGAAUACCAAACACCAGAAACAUCGACACAGGUCACAUAAAUCACACAAGAAACGACCACAUGGAAAGAAAAAGACAAAACAACUUCCACUUUCCGAGGGACUCCAAUUACAAGGAGAGGAUCACAGUGCAGCAUAUGGAUGGAAUAUGGAUUCCCAGGUCCCAAGAGGAGUGUCAAGACUGGAGCACAGAUUGCAUCCAAAUAUUCGACAUGCUGCAAAACAGUUUAUGGAUAAUUUACAAUCAGUUCUGAAAAAGAUUCAAAACAAGAUCAGAAAUGUUGACAAUGAAUAUAUUACGGUGGGGAGUAGGUCCAGGGACGCUAUGAUGGAAGUCAGAAAAGAGUUAGAGGAACUUACAAAGGAAAACAACGACGUAUAUGAUUCUCUAUUGGAUGUGUCACAGCUAGUCCGGUAUGUAUAUAGACGAGCCCACGAGAAUGGCCAAGCUGGCGCCAAUGCCAUAUCUUUCAGAAGUUUUCCACAGAUAACGUUUGUUAACUUAAACAAAGAACUAAGACACUAUCAGAUGACAGAUUGGAAUGCAUCCAAAGUUUACAAUAGUGUUAUGGAUUUACAAAGAAGAGGAGUACAACAAGAUGCAACAAAGACGAAUGUCAUGAGCAAAAUAAAAGAUAAAACAUUGUCGGAAAAAUUCCGGUAUUUUGAAAUGUAUGAUCUUCAACAGAAAGUGAGACUGAUACUUCAGAAGGUUGAUACAUUGUCGGGAAACGUUUUUAUACCACUUCGUAGACGUUUAAUGAAAUAUAAGACAAUAAAGAAUACCAUAUCAGAUAGAGUGAAGCACGCGAGAUAUCUCACUGGUCUUGCACAUGGAGCAACAAAGACAGCUAGAGAUACGUUCCAGUUAAACAAGAGAUACCAAGAGAGAAGGAAAAACGACGGACAGCAUAACCCAGCAACCGGACACCACGUAUCAAGGCGUCAAAGAAGAUCUACUGAAAAUGCAUAUUUAGAGGUUCUUGUUCAAAGAGCAAUUAGAAAAUCUAAACAUUUAGAAGAAGUCUCUAAUGUUAUAAACAGCAAGUUGGUACCUUUACUUCCAAAAGCUAGUGCAUUUAUCAAAAAUAUGGAAAGUGGAAAUGCUGGUACCCUUUCACAGACUAGAAAUAUCAUUGACAAACUCUCAGCCACGUUAGCUAAACUUGAUGACAGUAUGGAUGAUGUACGAGUAUUUCUAAACGACACUAAGAUUUUAGAAGCACGUUGUCAGGAGUUGAAUGGCGAGAGUGAAGUAAUAAGAUGCGAAACGUAUGGUGUCUUUGAAGGCUCUGGAUCUGGAGAAGUGGAUGACGAGGAUGGAAUAUUCACGAUGAAAAGUACGAUUCCCGCAACUAAAACUACUCAAAUGAUUACUAAAACAAAAACUACAUCAAUGACUACACCUUCCACAACUACAGCGAAAUCUACUAGCACUAAACCUACAGCGACUUCAUUGACAUCUACUAGCACUACACCAUCAACUACAUCUAGAUCUACAAGCACUACACCUACCACAAUUUUAUCGACAACUACACCUAUAACAACUUCAAGCACGAAAACUACUACAACAAGUAUACCAUCGUCUUCUGCAAAGACGACCCCCCUUCAAAAUACGCCAUCAUUAUCAACAUCUACACCGUCGACCUCUUUACCAACAAUAAGUCCCACCUCCGCAUCAACUUCGACAACAGCUUCAACAACAACAACAACGACGUCAAAAACAACAACAACAUUAGCAACAACUACCCCAUCGACAUCAACAACGAUUAUAACCCCAGCUCCAACCAAAAGGACAACUACAGCUGUACCAAAAGAACCAACAACAGCAGCAUAUAAAGCACCUGUUAAAAUAGUGGAACUGACGUUAGCACCUGUUAUACAAACUACAGAAAGCACGAUAGAGGGAAGCGGAACUACUCAAGAUGGCGAUUCAGACGACACAGACAACGAUUUUGUUUUCGAUAGAUCAGAUACAGACAAAUACAGAUCAUCAACAACUACAAAAACAACAUCAACAACAAAAACGUCAACCACAACGCUGACGCCCAUGACAGAAAAACAUAUAGAAGGAAGCGGAACAACUUCUGAGUCGGAUCGAACAGAUGAUGAUUUUGUAUUCGAAGAACCAACAACGACAACACAAAGAACAACAACUACAAUAUCAACGAAGAACACGAUACAACUGCCAGUGACUGAUGACGAGACUACAGAGGAAGGGAGUGGGGAGAGUGAAACCGAGAUAAAAGUGGAAGAGGAUAAGAAGAAAGAAUCAGAAGAAGAAGAAGGAGGAAACUGGUUGUGGUGGGGUGAUGAUCCGAAUGUAUUAUAUGAUCCACAUCGAGAUUUCAAGGAAAAACUAGCAACACAGGCUUUCAAUGCCCGGACAAAAAGUGAAAAGAUAUUCAAUCAUUGGGUAAAUGUUUCUACUGGCUUCAAAGAUGUGCACAAUCGUUGGGGAGACCUGACAAAACAGUUGAACCAUUUGGGUGCUUACGUCACUGCAGCUGAAGGUCUUAGAGUAUCCUGGAACACCAUAGAGCCAUACAUUGCUGAUAAGAUGACUACUUUACCAACCAAGUCUUUAGAUAUCAUUCACAAAUCUGAAACAACUGUCAACAUAAGCCAACAUACAUUAAUUGUCAUCGAUGAAAAGCUCAAACAGAUGUUACAGCUCAAGCAAAAACGUUUGUCCAAAACUAGUAACGAUGACCAAGGUCCGGCUUUCAUUGCAGAUUUGAUAUCAAACGUUCAAACGGUGGAUCAGAACUCUAAAGCCAUAGCUAGACUACAGCAAAUUAACCCUGCUCCAUGUAAAGGUGUCCAGAACACAGCAACAAGAUUAAGAAGUAGUAUAGCACAACUGAGAUCUAAGAUAGAUAAAGCUAAGACAAUAACUUCCUCUAUGCCAUUAUCUGUAUCUAUGAAUGGCAAAGAGGUUUUGGAUGCAUCAUUUGCUUAUAAAUCAGUGCCCGUCUCACCUUCAUCUAUAAUUGAUAUGUGUAUAAACCCUCGAAGUGAUAACAUGCAAAUUGCCACUUUCUACGGAAAUUCAACACAAUCUUAUUCAGUUUUCUUAGAGGACUUGAAACCAGCUUUAACAAUUACUGACAUUGACAAUACAAAGUUGGAGACUAUAUCGUUUACAUCACCUUUAAAGAAGGACCAGUGGUAUUCGAUCAGUAUAAGAAGAAAUGGUCGUACUGUUGAAUUGCGACUGAAAUCCUUGAAUGAUACCUCAGAAGAAAUUGUUGAAGAUUCGUAUAUACCAGUAUUAUCUAUUCUACAGAGUACAAUCACAAGAGCAGUUGUCGGAAAAACAUCCAUACCUUCUGAAAGUCCCUAUUUUGCUGGCUGUGUUAGUGAUAUUGUAGUCAACGGACAACAUUUAGCAAUGAGCAAAAAGAAAGGGACUAUGAAACACUGCACGAAAACAGAAUGUGACAGUAAACAUUUGAAGUCAAUGAUUUUUGAAGGUGAUGGUUUUGCCAAAUUUUCUUUGUAUCUGAUAGAUGCAUCAUACAUUGACAAUAUUCAUCUAGGAUUUCAAUCGACUCAGAAAGGAGGUGUUCUCUUAUUUAUCAAUGAUAAACUUAAGACAUUGCAAGUGCUUAUAUCGCUCAGUGAGGGAGCAUUACAUAUUGAAGUCAGUACCAGACGAGGAACAACUGUCCUCAGAAGUUCAAAAGAUACUUACCAUGAUGGAGCCGAUCACACGUUGAACGUUGUAUUUGGUAAUGAUGUGAUAGAGGCGACAACUGACCACCAGGAUGAUACAUUUGAACAGGAACUAGUCCGACAGGAGAUCACAUCACGUAUUGCUGAUGGGAUAUAUCUUGGUGGACUGGGUGUUCAGAGUCAUUCUCUGUCAGGCAAAGCAAAACUAAGAUCAUUUAGUGGUUGUAUAUCGUCAUUUUCAAUCAGCAAAAAAGAAAUACCUUUAUAUAUGAUUGAAGAAAGUAAAAACGUAUAUUAUGGGAAAUGUAGUGAAAAUAUUUGGAGAAAAUGUGUUAAGUUUACCGAGCAGAGUAAACCUAUAGUAUAUAUGCAAUCAAAAGAUGCAAAUAAAGUAUAUCUUAUUGUUGGAAAGGAUUCACUAGGUACACUAUUACAUAUCAAACGUGUUGAAGGAGAGGAUUUUGAUGUGACCUUAUUUGUCGAAAGCAAGGGAGUGGAAAUAUCAGACAACAAAGAAAAUAAGGAAUACAAAUUGAACUCAGACGAUAAUAUCAAGGAUUGGCAUGUUAUAUCGGUGGAGGACACUGGUGACGAAAGGUUACUUGUGAGUCUAGGAACAUCAUCAAUAGAGGUACCAUACGACGUACCAUACAGAUGGUUCUCUUCUAAGGAACUGCUUUAUGACGUCGCUGUCGGUGGACUUCUCGAGAGUGACACAUCUACGUUACAAGGAGGAAUUUCAUCUUUGAUCAUUAAUGACAGACCAAUUGACCUGCACGCUAAUAUAGAGAGUCAUCAACUACAACACUGUGUGAGAUCAACAAUGGUGCUUCAUGAAAUGGACAAAGAAGAUAAACCAGUUUGUUAAUGGAAACAUCAUAUAUCAUAAAAUUAGGUUAUUCACUCCACAUAGAAUAGUAUAUGUAUUGAUAUACCGUUUUUUUUACAAGUAACGGUAUACAUUUUUGGUUACAUGUAAUGGUUUACAUUUAUGGUAACACAUAAUGAUAAAAAAGAUACGGUUACGUGUAAUGGUUACAUAUAAAUGAUAUGCUUUUAAGUUACGUGUUAUGGUUUACAUUUUUGGUUACAUAUACAGAUAUACCAUUUAAUUACGUGUAAUGGUAUACAUUUUUUAAUGCAUGUAAUGAUACGCCAUUUAGGUAUGUGUUAAUAUUAUCGGUUUUUUGCCUACUUGUAAUGUUUUACCAUUUAGUUACGUGAAGUAGUAAAUAUUGGUAAAAUUUAAGGAUACUACCUGAAUUGAAUAUUGUCUCCCAAAUCUUAUUAUUUAAUCUGAAAAAUGUAAUGAGUAAUUUGCUUUUCAUGAAAACAAUACUGAGAAACAUUUACCAUAAAAAUAAAAAGUAUUUAGUUGAAGGACAGCCAACACCACAGAAAAAGAGAUAAAAAGUAAAAUUACAAAAAGAAACUGAACUCCAAGGGAAAAAUCAAAACGGAACAUUAAAAUACCAAUAAUAUCGAACUCCAAAACGAUUUAAGGAGAAACACAAUACUGUGAACCAAAUAAUGUUUGCGAUCGAUUCAUUUUAGUCAUUUCGUUAGUUGAAAAAUACCUCGAAUAUAAAUUGUUGUGAAAAUUUUAAACUUAGAUCUUAUUUAUCUUACUACACCAAGAUAAUUUAAAAAUCGAUAUAUUAAAUCGCCACGAACUUUGAUAGAAAUUCCUGAACGUUAAUUAAAGUUUUCGAGAAAAGAAGAUGGUUAAUAGUUAUGAUAAUGAAAUAAAUGAUACAUUUUUUUAUUUGCAGUUGGUAAAUCAAAAAGCCCAUGUUUAAUUUUCGUAUUGCAUUCAGUACACAUUCAACAGUUAACUAUAAUAUACAUUUAUAAAUAAAAUCGUUCAAAUAUUAUGCAUAUAGUAAUAACAUAUUUCAUAAUCUGAUAAAAAUCAGCAAUAUCAUUAGAAUUUGUAAUGACUUAAAAGACAACUUUCAGAACAAAUCGUAUAUAAAAAAUAAUGAACUCAAAGGUAAAUUUAAAAGGGGAAGUCCCCCUCCCCCAAAAUAAAUUCCAGGUACAAAAGUUUUGUUCAAAGUUAAUAUGAUUUUUUUUUUUUCUUAUAAGGGUUAUAUCAGUAUGAAGGGUCAAAUGAUAACGAGUCAUUUUUAUAUAUAGAAUUGACAAAUAUUAUGAAACAAUGUAUGACAUUAAAAGAAAAGCUCAGUGAAAAUUUUAGAAAUAGUAUAGCAGUUAAUGUUAAAAAUUAAUGUUAAAAAAAAAAAUGAAUAUAAACAUAUAAAAUUAGGAGUCAUGGAUUUUCACAGUUAUAGGAUACAGGGAUAUUUUCGUUAAUGGGGUGACUGUUGCUAACAAUGUUUUAUCAAGCUGAAAAAUCUGAAUAUUAGCAUCUAAAUUAUUUUCAUUGACACAUUAUUUCACGCUAAAGCACAUAAUUGUCAUACAUUUAUAAGGUGUUAUAUUAAUUUCAGAGCAUUAAUCAUAUAAUUUUUCACAUGUCAUAUUAUAUGUUUUUGUUAAAGUAUUUAUAUGCCUAAAAUUCAGUCAUAGAAUGUAUUGCUGAAUUAAAACAAAAUUUGACUGGAAUGAUAUGAAAGAAGACAUGUGUACCACCAAGAAAAUAAAAGUUAAACAAGUAACAGUCAGUUUCCUCCUUGUGUAAGUGUUAAUUGGAAUUUGAGUUUCAAGGAUCUUGCACUGAGUGUAAUUUUUUUCAUUGCUUUUUUUGUGUGUUUUAUUUUUCAUUUUAUGUCUACUUAACACUCUUAUUAACAAGUGCAUUACGGUAUAAUGUUUUGUUAAGAGAAAAAUAAGAAAGAAAAUACUAUAGGGACUAAAAUUUUGAGUUGAAGGGCAGCCAACACCACAGAAAAAGAGAUAUAAAAUAAAAUUACAAAAAAAACUAAACUCCAAGGAAAAAAUCAAAACGGAAAAUUCCCUAAUCAAAAAGCACAAUAGUCCUUAUAUAUGAGAUGAUUUCACAAAAAUCCAGAGAAUUCGAAUCUCUUUAUAAAAAAGUGCGUUAUAAGCAUUGUAGCUUUUGUUGUAAGCUUGCUUGCUAUCUUUGGUGAGUUUAAAGUACGCAAAUGGUUCCCGGAAAGAAAGUUCCUGUUCUACUGGGACAUCCGUCUGGUAUUUUCUCUAAUCUUAUGUUUGCCUCUCAUGGCAAUACUGUCGUGUUAGUUAUGAAAUUUAAACUUAGGAAUUAGUUAUGUAUAGUUUGUUUUUUCAGAAUAGAUCAACCAAAAGGUCAUGAGAAGCCACAUAAAUUUUCAUAAAAAGUCAGAGGUAAUCGACUGACAAUUCACAAAAGGAAGGACAAGUAUCGUUGUCAGUUGUGUCAAAGCAAUGACUUUUGGUGCAUUAUCGUUUGUUUUAUAAUAUAUGAAUUUAGUUUAUUUACUUUUAUUUGUUGAAUCUUAAGUAUUUGAUAAUUUGUUCAUAUUCAUGCUGUAAAUAACCAACCUUAGAUGUACACACAGGUGUCUAAACAUUAUCUACGAUAACCACAUAUAUACUUCAACAAAUUAGGAUCAAUUUUUGACAAUCUUUUUUUAGAGUAUAAAUAUAAAAUUAUUUGUAAAAUAAUAAGUGCUAUUUUUAUCAUUGUUAACUGAUUUAUCUAUUUAUUUAUUUGCUUGGCUGUAAUAAAUGCUUAUUAAAUGUGUGUCGUUGACCUCAAUGUAUGUACUUGGUAUUGUUAAAAAUGAUAUGUCUUUCAUAAUGUCCAUUUAUCAUUGGUUUGAGUGAAUGAAUAAAAGCAGCUUUAAAAAUAA